AUGCGUCUCGACUACAUCGUCUUCGCUGCGUCGCUGCUCAGCUCCGCCGCAGCGGCUGCAAUCGACGGUCCCCAGCGUCCGGAAGCGAUCAAUCCGGGGCCGCAGCAGGACCAGAACCAACUUUUCAAGCGCAGAGGCGGCGGCGGCGGUGGCGGUAGAGGAGGCAGCAGCAGCAGCAGUGGAGGUAGCAGCAGCAGCGGCGGCAGUGGCAGCAGCGGCAGUGGUGGCAGCGGCAGUGGUGGCAGCAGCAGCAGUGGCGGAGGAUCGCGAGGCGGGAGCGGCGGUGGUGGCAGCAGCAGCAGCAGCGGAUCACGCGGAAACACGGCAGCAAGCUCCAACGCCGGCGGCACCUCCCGCGGAGGUAGCGGUGCCAGUCGCGGCUUCGGUGGCGGCCGCUUCUACGGAGGCGGAGGCGCGACACCAUACCGAGCCGGCCGCGUCAGCCCUCUCGGCAUCGCGCCCUUUCUCCUUGUCGGCGCCGCUCUGGCCUUUUGGCCCGGCGUCUGGCUCUACGGCGCCCAAAUGUAUCCCUACUCAUACACCCACCGCUUCCACAACGCCACCACCGACAAGAACGAGACGGCAAAGGUGCUCUGCGCCUGCGCCGAGUAUGACGUAUGCGGCUGUGACGAGAACAACAACACGGCAUUUUACAACGAGCUCAUCGGCAACGGCAGCUAUGAGGCCCUCAAUAAGAGCGUCGUCAACGUCGGCCAGUUCCGGGGCGCCAAGACGCUCCUCAUCAACGGCACCCUGCCCAACGGCACCACUGCCGACGGCCCGGACGAGUCUUCGGCUGCCGGCCUCGGAAUGAGAGACCUGGCCGAGGCGCUGGGCUUUUGGCCCCUUACUGCUGCUAUCCUGGCUACCGUCUUUUUGGCUUAG